AUGGAGCGUGCUGCGUUGGCUCUGCAGUGCGUCCAGCCCUCGCCCCGAGCAGCGCGUAAAAGCGAGUGGCUACGGAGCGCACUGGCCCAUCACCACUGCCCUGAUCCCAGUGUAGAGAACGAAAUCGUAGUCUUGGCCACUGGAAUAGAUCAAUACCUGCAGGAGGUCUUCCACCACCUUGCUUACACCAACCGGGACGAUACGGUGUCUGCGGAGGAUUUCACCUCACUCUGCGCAGUGCUGGGGAUCACUGGAACUGAGAAAGGAAAGACGAAAGGACAGAAAGGAGUAACUGGAGAUGCAGAGAAAGAGGAAGAGGACGAAGAGUUCAAAGAUGUAUGUUCAGGGCUGCCCAGCCAGCUGUCCUUUAAAGACUUUCACUCGCGCCUCUGUGGGUAUUUCCGUGUGCGCAGUUUGCGCAGAGGCACCAGGGAGUGUGCCUGGCGUCUGCCCGUUACUGAGGACACGGAGCUGGUGGAGAGACAGAUCCGGCUCCGGUGGCCGCGCGUCAGGAGGAGAAAAUGUGUCAGUUUUGAUCUGACGAGAGAUCAGAGUGGACCAGCUCACAGACCUAGUAAAGGUCGAACCACAGAAGACCUUUAACAGUCUCUUUCUUCUCCAGAGGAGGUAGCAGCUCUGAGGGAGUUGGUGGAGGACCUCCGUUCAGCACUGCAGGGGAGCGAUGCUCGCUGCCUGGCGCUGGAGGUGGCCCUCCGACGCGAGAGGAGCCGCACCCUCCCCUCUGCCUCCAGCUUUAAGUCUACUGUUUCGUCUCCUACAACUUCCAUCACCCUCAUACAGGGAAAACUGGUGCCAACUCUCAGAAUUAAAGGACAGUCUAGUGCUGGAGGUGACAGGGAGAGGAGGUCAUUGAGGAGACGGGACAUGAGAGACCCCCUCUUAAGGGAGUUGAAGCUCAUCCGCUCCUCACGUGACGGGCAGCUGGAGGAGGCCAUCAAAUUUAAUGAGCGUCUGGAGGAGGAGGUGCGAUGGGCGUACCAGGAAGUGCGCAAGCUGCAUGGGGUGGAGGGUGCAUUGAGGAAGGAGAAUGCUCAAAUCAGGAGGCGAGCGGAGGAGGCCAGGGAGGCUCUGAGCUUGGGGCUUGAGAGGGUUCGGAUGAUCCAGGAACAGGCCCAGUCUGUGCCGCAGCUCCAGUCCAGGAUCACACAGCUAGAGACUGAGCUGCAGCAGUACAGGUACAAACAAUAUGUGUGCAGAUGUUUGAGCACCCAGCAACAAACAAAAAAAGACCCAAGUGAUGCAGAGGGUCUGCAGAGAGCAGUGGAGGGGAGAGCUGCAUCCGAUGAAGAGGAGGAGGACAGGGGAAUGAGUGAGGAAGGACAGUGCUGCCUGAUGGAGGUGAAGAAGCAGAUCAGCCGACUGCACAGCUGCAGGAAAGGCUGUCAGAAGCAUGUGGUCCACCAGCUGCUAUCUCAGAGCCACCUGCAUGACAAAAACCUCACUUCUAAAGACAGCAGGGGGCGCUGCACCUGGAAGGAACCAAACCAACAGCAUCCAGAAGGCUGCAGAAACUGUGAAGAGGAGAAGAAAACAGAAGAAGAGGAGGACAAAACUAGGCUGGAGGAGACAGAAAAAACCUGUCUGUCUUUGCUGGAGGAAAAACUCAAAGAUACUCUGACUCUACUGCUGCAGCUACGUAACAAGAACGUGUCACGAAGGGCACUGGGGAAGAUUGUGAUGGACACUCUGGAUGUGUGCAGUAGGACUGGAGAUGCUCCGUCCCAAGUCCUGCAGGUAGCCAAUGCCCUGUGCAUGCGCUUAUCCUCCAGUGAUCUCCUAGGAGACGGAGAGGAUGACGGAGGGGGAAACCUCUUGGUUCCGCCUUCUGGGUGUCAGUCCAGCAGUGUCAACUCUCUGCUCAUUUCCUGUUAACUAAGCUGCUACUGUGGUACUUACAGUAUCCUACAAUGUGGUACAGGACAAGUGCUGAAGUGCUCUUCUCUCUGUUUCUCCAUGUAUCUCUUUAGCUAUUUUUGCACCUAUAGAAGUU